AUGUUCAGGAUGUUUUAUUCAAUCGUGUGGCCGCGUGUUUCCAGGCCGUCUUUUAUUGUGGUGCAUUAUGCCUAUAUCGUGUUUCUGUGUCUCCUUGGGAUGGUGAUGAUAUAUCCCCUGAAGAAUAUGACUGCGAUCGAUGCCUUGUUCCAAGGUGUAGGAGCAGCUACGAUGACAGGACUGAACUCUAUCGACUUCAAGGAACUGACUACCUACCAGCAGGUAGUCCUUUAUAUCAGUCCUAUACUUGGUAACAUAUGCUUCGUCAACUUCAUUGUCGUCCUAGUGCGGUUGUACUGGUUUGAGUCCAAGUUCAAAGAAAUAGUGCGUUUCUCUCGUCUACCAUCUACGGAACGGUCUCAUCAUAUUGAGCAUGGCCCAAGAAGCCACAGGGCGACUGCUUCGGCCACAGCCACAGAGAUACCCGCCAUUUCAUCGGAGCCAGCAGAAGCCGGAGAGCCUGAAGGGUUGAAGCAUAGAAACGCUCACCCUCCAGAUGAAAAGGUGCAGGAUGACCCCAAGCGGGCCACUGUUGAAAAACAACUGCCAAAUGCUGGACCUGGACACGUUUCAUUCUCGACAGAUACCUUCAGACCGAGGGAGAAGGCUCUUAGGAUUCCCGGUCCCAGAGAGUUUGAAGCCGGCCAUAGGGUCCAUGAAGUCGAUGAAGAAACUGAUGGAGAUGAACUCACCAAAGCAACAUCUGUCGAUCCGUCAAUUGCAGGCGCAUCGAGCGUACGUGAAAGAGGAAAGCUGGGAAAAAUCCUAUCUCACGCAACAUCUGUGGAACAAGCCGCUUCAUCAGCUUUUGUCCUGGGCAGCGCAUCUCGCCCUAGAUCUCGCUCUCGAUCAGUUUCUCGUUCUCUACAGCCCCUCAGCAGGACUGGUUCAAGAGGCUCUCAAGCGCCAUAUCUAUCAUAUACUCCUACCAUAGGCCGGAAUUCUCAAUUCCUCAACCUAACCGAAGAGCAGAGAAUUGAAUUAGGCGGUAUUGAAUAUCGGAGCUUGAAGCUGCUAGCUAGAAUAGUGGGGGGCUAUUUCUUUGGAUUCCUACUGUUGGGGUCUAUAUGCCUUGUAAUCUGGAUUUAUUCUGCGGAUUCAAGUCACAGACAGUAUCUCGCAACGAAUGGAAUAAAUCCAGUCUGGUGGUGA